GGUCCCUGGUGGCGCCAAGUCCGAGGCUGAGACCUAGGACGACCCCGGCUGGGCUCUUGGCUUCUCUGGCUCAGUUUCCCCAACUCUGAGCAUCCGUCCUGAGUGGUCCACGACCUCGAAUCUGGCAGACGGGAUUUUGAUUUUUGGACAAGCAACAGGUUUCCCGGCUCCGAGCCUGAGUUUCCCCUCCCCUUCUAAGAAACGGAUUCCCAGGAGCCAUGUUGUCUCAAGUCCUGCUGGUGUCUGCUCCAGGGAAAGUCAUCCUUCAUGGAGAGCAUGCUGUGGUCCAUGGCAAGGUAGCACUGGCUGUGGCCUUGAACUUGAGAACAUUCCUCCGGCUUCAGCCCCACAACAGUGGGAAAGUGAGCCUCAGGUUACCGAACAUUGGCAUCCAGCGGACCUGGGAUGUGGCCAGGCUUCAGCUGCUGGACACCAGCUUUCUGGAGCAAGGCGACCUGACAGAGCAAGUGGAGAAGCUGAAGGAGGUGGCGGGCUUCUCCAAGGACUCCACCAACCACGACUGCCUGGCGGUGCCGGCCUUCCUUUACUUGUACCUGACCAUCUGCCGGAGUCAGAGGACCCUGCCCAGCCUGGACAUUGCCGUGUGGUCGGAGCUGCCCACUGGGGCCGGCCUGGGCUCCAGUGCCGCCUACUCCGUGUGUCUGGCAGCCGCACUCCUGACCGCAUGCGAGGAGAUCCCAAACCCGCUGAAGGACGGGGAGGCCACUGGCAGGUGGACCGAAGAGAACUUGGAGUUAAUUAACAAGUGGGCCUUCCAGGGGGAGAGGGUGAUUCAUGGGAACCCAUCCGGAGUGGACAACGCCGUUAGUACCUGGGGAGGAGCGCUCCGAUACCAGCAAGGGAAGAUUUCACCCUUGAAGAGGCUGCCGGCUCUGAAGAUCCUGCUGGUCAACACCAAAGUCCCUCGCAGCACCAAGGCCCUGGUGGCCAGCGUCAAGAACAGGAUGCUAAAGUUCCCGGAGAUCAUAGCCCCACUCCUGGCCUCCAUGGACGCCAUCUCCCUGGAGUGUGAGCGGGUGCUGGGGGAGAUGGCAGCGGCCCCGGCCCUGGAGCAUUACCUUGUGCUGGAGGAACUCAUCGACAUGAACCAGCACCAUCUGAAUGCCCUUGGUGUGGGCCAUGCCUCACUGGACCAGCUGUGCCAGGUGACCACGGCCCAUGGACUGCACAGCAAGCUCACUGGUGCUGGCGGCGGGGGCUGUGGCAUCACGCUCCUCAGGCCAGAUGAGCAUGCUGAAGCUCAGAGAGAGAAAGUGACAUCCCCAAGGCCAGCCAGCUGUUCCUCAUCUUAUGAGGGCACUAAUCACAUAGGAUUCAACCCCCCCCAUGACCUCAUUUUAAUUCGGUGACACCUGCCAGGACCCCAGACAGAAUCACGUUCAGAAGUACCAGGGGCUAGGGCUUCGCCAUCUCUUCUAGAGGGACACAGCUGAACUCAGAACGCCCUCAGGUCAGUAGUUUCCCCGUUUCUUUCCUGCGUCUGCGGUCCCCAGCUCAGAGCCUGGCCUGUGUCAGAGCUCAGAGGGGAGCCGUGGGGUGAAUAAAUGAGUGGACAGAGUUAGGGCACCCAGCCUCUCCUCAAUGGCUGAGCCUGGCUACUCUGGCCACUGCAGCAGCCCGGGCCACCCCCGAGGCAGACAGGUCUCAGGGGCGGCCUCUCCCGUUGGUCGUUCUCCCAAAGAAGCGCUGUUGAUGUCAGCAGAUGCCUAUCACUUUCCUUCCCAGGCAGAAUCUUGGCUGUCAGAGUAAGUGAAAUAGUCAUUGCCUAGCCUUGCGUUUGAGAUUUUAUUGACAGUUUCAUUGUCACCCAAAAAAACCCUCCUUUUCUCCAUUGGCAUUUUCAUCAGAAGAGCCCAGGGGCAAGAGGGGAGGCAGGGCUGGCUCCUGAAAACUGACUCUGGCAGGUGGUGGGUGCUGGUUCCUCUGGCCUGGGGUCAGUGAGGGCAGAAGACCCCCGUGGUGGCCUCCACCGCCAUGCCUUGGUUCCAGCCCUGCUCAGCAGCCCCCUCCAGGGUACAAGAGGGCAUGAGAGGCAGAAGAGGAAGCAUCCUGAGGGUCCCUGGAAAUAGUGACGGGGGCCAGAUGAGUCACCCAGACCUGGACCCCAUAGCGGGUCCUCAGGCCCCUUGCCAGCUCUCCCUGGUGGGCAUCUGGCAGCAUCGGGGGCUGGGUGGGAGCCGGGGCCAUGUGUUCAGGCCCAAUGGGGUACGGUUCUCAACUCAGCGAUAGGCACCUCAGGGCAAGUACUUUGCCCCAUGGAGCCUCAGGGUCCCCAUCCCCAGUAACGUGCAGCUUCCAUGACCAAGGCUUCCUCUGAGCCAGGCACUGAUUAUCCUGGUCAGUCCUCACCAGAACCCCGAAGGCUGGUGCCAUCAGGAGCAUCACUUUUUAACAAAGUGGAGACAAGGCUUAGAGUGGUGAGGCAGCCUGGCCAAGCCCACCAUGGCUGGGAAGCAACGGAGCCUGGGUUUGAACCCAGGCCGUGGGAAGCCGAGCCUGACCAAGAACCACCUUACAGGGUCUGUGGGAGGGCGCAGGCACGAAAGUGUCACGCAGCGCCUGCACGCCAGAAAAGCCGUCUGCUACUCUUACUGUUUGUUGCAUAGGGUGGAACUGGGCCCCUAGGCAGCUGCUCUGCCCCGAGGACUCUGGAUGUCACCAGGACGUGUGCCACAUGGAGAGGUGAGCUCAAGGGCUAAGGACCUAGUCAGAGCAUCCUUUCCUACUCCAUGCUCACAGCAGGACUACCCCUUCCCUGGCCCACAGCAGGACUUUGGGCGGGGCUGCCAGUUAAGAAGUGGGCUAGGGCAAGGUCAGCGGGCUGCAGCGUCAGCCCCAGACCUUGCAAAGCCCCUUCACCACGUCCAAGCCACACAGGAGGGAAACGAGGGCUGGACAGCCGCCCCUGCUCAGGACUGCCGAGCCAGGCGGGUAGAUAGUGUAGCUCACAGGAGCCUGAAGUCCAUGCAUUUGAGUUCUCGUGUGGCCACCUGCUGGCUGGUGAAACUUGCCGAAUCUCAUGGAGGCUAAGUUUCAUCCUUCGUAGAGUAAAAUAAUAAAAGCUCUCUCUCGUAAGGGCCAAGGGCCAAAUAAUACUGCAGGGAAAACAGCGCUGGGUCUGGCACACAGGAGAAAAGACGAUAGAAUUUUAGCACCUAAUGGCUUCUUUCUGUAAAGAUCUCAGGCUGCCAACUCCUCCGUGGUGCCCAGGAGGGAACAGAGGCCCAGACAGGGGGAGGCUUUCUUCUCGACCAGCCCCCCAAGCUGGCCUCACACCUCGGCCUCUGGAUUCCCAGCCCAAUGCUCUGGCCGCCUCCCCUCCCAGCUUGUCAGCUGGGGCCCUCUGGCCCUCACCCAUCCUUCUCCCCACGUCUCCGGCCCCCGUUGCUUCGAGAGCCCGAGCCGCGGGCCCCGCAGCGAGGCACGCCAUUCUCCCUCUCCCCAGCACACUGAAGGUUUUGAAAGUUAAAGUAUUACCGUCGGCUUUGUUGUUGCCUAACUACGACAGACAAAUUGAAAACCAGUUGUCAAAAUGUCAGUGCGCAACAAAUCAACAUGCAGAACGAGUGGCGGCCCUCUGCGGUGUAUAAUUAAACAAAAAAUCCCUUUUAGAAAUUUCCGCGCGCGUUGGUUCCACUUUAUAUUUGUCUGUGUGAUUAAUAAAGGCAGCUAAUUUUCAGACUUUAAAAACAGCUAGAAAAUAGCUCCUAAUUACAUAUUAGGUUCCUAGCGGCCCCCGCUGAGCUGCGCCGGCAUUGGUGGGCCGAAGAAUUUGGCAGAGCCUUAAUUGCAUUCUGAGCAUCAUCUAAUUUUAGUUAAAUGUAAUGUAAUCAGCAGCA